CUCUGUUUUCUUUAUACAUUUUGCUCAUAUAAUCACGUCAUAGCCCAUAGGCUAUAGACUAUAGUGUUAUACAAUAUUCUAUGGGUUUUGGAACCUAUUCGAAAUUUGAAUGACGAAGGACAUUACCAGUUAUCAUUUAUCAGUUAUCAGUUAUCACAGUAGUUUAGUGGUUGCUACUGUAUGCAUGAUAGUUCGUACUUAAUAGUUCAUUAUUUUCAUAUUUUCAUGCUUUUUUAUCUUAAUUUUUUUUCUCCGUGUACUUUUAAGUUACAAAAUACAAUACUUUAAACUUGGAUAAAAUCUUGAAGUGUAUAGUAUCUUCUACCUAGUACCAAGGUGUAUAAUUUAUUUUUGAACAGUAAAUAAAUGAUAUUAAUAAUUCAUUAUAUUAAUCAAUAAUCUGUUCUCAAUUCACAAAUGAAAUAUUAAUGUGUAAAUUAUCUAUAUAAAUACUAUAUACAGUGUUUCUUUUCUCAAUAGCAUUCAGUUAAAUUUAAUUGUAUCACUACUGUUGUCUGUUAAUAUAAAUAUGGCCACAAAUUUAGUAGUAUUGGGUGAAAAUGCUGCUAGAAUAAAUGUGAAAGUCAAUCCUAAUAUGACUGUUCUUAAAGUAAUAGAAUUAGCCUGCACAAAAAUGAAGGCAAACAGCAACGAUUUUGAUUUAAAGUAUCACAACAAAAUAUUAGAUACAACUAGUCUGAUCAGGUUUACAAAUAUUGCCAAUAAUGCCUUAUUGGAAUUAGUACCUGCUACAAAGUCUAGACAAGAUAGCUCUGUUGGUGUAUGGUUACAAAUAGAAGAUGGAUCUAGAUUAUCUGGCGAAUUUCCAUCUAGUCAAAAUCUUUGGGAAAUCAUACAGAUAUUGUUGAAGGACAAUUUUUCUAAUUAUGAAAGUCCAGCUAUAAUUUAUACUAGAAUGGAAAUAAUUGGUAAAGAGCAAUUGCAGCAGAAAACAUUAAAAGACAUUGGACUAGUUAGUGGCAAAGCCUUGUUAAGAUUACUUAAUAAAAAAGAAUCUGAAGACCAAGCUCAUGUAUAUGUACCUGCAGCAAGAAAACCAAAACUUGAAGAACCUCCCAGAUCUGUAGGCCAUAGAGAAACAAACACAAAUGAAUUAGCAAGUGUUGAAUCUGCAAAGGUUGUGGCAACAAAUCCACAAGAGUCCAUGGACAUUGAACCAAGUACUGAUGAUAUAGUUGAAAAAACUGGGCCUAUAAAUAUGUCAACAUAUCAAAACAACAUUGAUAAUGAUUCUAAAGCAAUAGACAAUAACAAAAAGCCUACUCUUACUGAUGAAGAUCUCAAUAACUUCAAGAACUCUAUAUCUUAUUUAGAUGAACGCGACACUUUGUUAUUUGACAUUAUGGAUGGUACUUCAGUGUUAUAUCAAGACGAAGGUGAUGAUUUCUUUAAACCAACUGUAAAAGAUAUAACUCUUGUACUACGAGAUUUGAAAAAUUCACGGGCUCAAUUUGAAGAUGGCCAACUGUGUACAAGUGCAAUGCGGGAAUUAGAAAAGACUCAAAAUCAACUAAAUUUAUUACAUAAAUACAAAAAGUGUAUUAUUAGAAUACAUUUUCCAAACAGAUUAGUACUACAAACCAUAUUCAAAUCAACUGAAACCGUAUUGGAUAUAAUUAAUUUCAUUCGAAAAUAUCUCAUUGAUGAGUCUUUAGAUUUUUGUUUAUUUACAACACCUCCUAAAACUAUUUUGAAACCUGAAGAUACUUUAUUGGAAUGUGGAUGUGUACCAUCGGCAAUGAUACAUUUUUCAUGUAGUACGGAAAUCGAUCAAUUAAAACCUGAGCUCAAACAUAAAAUUGUGUCAGGGUGUCAAGCUUCAAUAGCUGCUUAUCUAGUGAGAAAAGAAAGAAUUUCAAACUUUUCAAAUAAUGAAACUAUACAUGAUGAACAACAACCAGGGACGAGUAAACAAUUAGAAAAUCAAAAUACUAAAACGACUGUUUUUACUCAACAAAAUAAAAGCAAAGCGAAUAAUGGGAAGACACCUAAAUGGUUUAAGCCAGUAUAAAGUUAAAAGUAACAUGAUCAACUACAAA